AUGGCGUCUUUAUUUGGCCUCGCACGGCGCAAUUGGUUAGUGUUCAACCCUUCCGAAGCUCCUAAGUCGACUGGUCCGCUCCGGUUCGGAAUCCUCGGUGCCGCUUAUAUUGCACCGAUAGCUCUUAUCCUCGCGGCAAAGACUCAUCCGGAUGUUGUGGUUCAGGCCGUAGCCGCUCGAGAUCCGAAGAAGGCGAAAACCUUUGCCCAGAAACAUGGAAUACAAGAGGUGUCUUCGAACUAUCAAGGUAACUGCAUGAUUUUUGACUUUGUAUAUUACACUACGUUAAGAACAAAUACUAACCAUUACUACGCAUCGGCACUUGAAGAUUUACUCGAUAAUCCUAAUAUCGACUGCGUCUAUAUACCUUUGCCUAAUGGAUUGCACUUCGAGUGGGCUCUUCGGGCCUUGAAAGCUGGGAAGCAUGUUCUAUUAGAGAAGCCGUCGGUGGACAACGUAACUGAAGCGGAGGCCCUCUUCAAAAACCCUAUUCUUAACAGCCCUAAAGCGCCAAUCCUACUCGAGGCUGCGCAUUAUGCUUUCCAUCCUGCUUGGACCACAUUUAUGUCAUACGUUUCACCUACCGACGUUUCCAGUGCGAAAGCAGUGCUAUGGGUUCCGAAGUGGAAGUUUGCCGCCGACGACAUCAGAUACCAGUAUGAUCUGGGAGGAGGCGCGCUCAUGGAUCUUGGAACAUACACGGCGAGCGCUCUUACCCGCGUGUUUGGCUCUGUGGCAGAGGAAUGUGAAGAAUGCCUCACUCAGGCAGCCUCCUACGAUUCGAGAUGUGACCAGCUUUUCAAGGCACGGUAUAAAUUUCCAGGUGGCAGGCGGGGCGAGAUGGAGGGCGAUCUAAAAGCGCCCCUUGAUCGCAUGUCGCCUAAUAUUUACGUGGAGCAUAUUCCUAUAGUGGUAUCCAGUGCGGAUGUAGGGAUCCAAGUGCCCAAGGAUCAGGAAGUGGUGCGUAUACGGAAGGUCAAGUUCUCAAAUUUUGUCAUGCCCACGAUUUUCCAUUCCAUCCAGAUAGACGACAAGUUCCUAACAAGGAAGAUUGGGGACAAGUCUGGAACUGCUAUUAAGAAGUGGACGAAGAGCAAGACAAUCAAGGCCUACACAUUCAAAGAAGUUGACAUCGACCAACCGGGCGAGCCUUCCUGGACGACUUACCGAUAUCAGCUGGAGGGGUUCGUUAACAAAGUCCGUGGGCGUGAAGCACGACAGUGGGUGAGCGGCAUUGAUUCGAUCAAUACCACAAAGAUGCUUGAUAUGGCUUAUGUAGCUGCGAAGUUGCCAUUACGACCUACGAGUAAGUUGGUAGAUAGUAGUAUAUGA